AUGCCAGCAAUGGAACGAACAAGAGAGGCCUUCCACUUCCUGACCUGCACCAACAAGAAGGUGCCCAAAGUGAGGAGCAAACUUCGGAAACCUGUCUCGAGGCAGAAACGCAAAGAUGAUUCGAGGAGGGUGGUAUCGGACACUCACGGCAAGAGCAAGUCCUCAAAACACCGCAACACCACUGCCGACAUCAGCAUUACCAUCACAGCAGCACCCCCACAUCUGCCUCCCGUGACAGUCUCACCGGAAUUCAAAGGGCGAGAAUGGUUGGAAUACCCAUGGUCAUCUUUUCCGCGGGUACAACCGGGACCUGAAGAUCUCCCCGGGCCACUUCCACCCGCCGGAAUCAUUCCGGAGUUCUCCCACCUUGCCGUCAGCGAUGCAGACCGCAGUGGUUUCUUGUCCCCGGCGUCUCAAGUCUCACCAAAACGGCGCGCAAAAACACCCAUCUUAUUCAUCGGCCAGCUGGAAAGUGCAAACAUUCCUCGACCACGAAACGCCCUAGCAAACGAGGGGCGUUUCAGCGCCUCGCUACUCGCCGAAGAAUAUCGGGCCCUCCUCGAUUCCCCCAGCUCCUCCCUCUUGGCCCCCACUUGGUCAGACCCAACUCUUAUUGCCCGGGAGAGGCUGAGGAGAAAGAAAGCCAGCUCGUCACUACGAGAAGAGCAGUCACAACCAGCCAUUCCGCGUAGAGGUAGCAUAGCCCCUCUCAAUUAUCACACUGGGAACGUCAACAGCCAGAACGUCCCCCCUCAAGUAUCCCUCUUUGCCCAUGUGCACCCACCACCGACUGCUCCCAACAGUCAAAGUCUGCAACCAGAACCAUCCCUCCGAUCAGACGCCGACACCCUGGUAGCUAUCGACGAAGAAGGCAUUGACUUCAAGCCAGAAUUUGCUCCUCCUCCUCCUCCUCGGCCCCCCUCAUUCUCACACUCAAUCUCCGACUAUUCCCUCCCCCCGUCCACGUCCUCCUCGUCCACGUCCUCAUCUACGCCCACGUCUGCAUCCACCCCCACCUUCACAUUUACGUCCCCGUCGACUACAUCCACGCCCACACCCAUGUCUACGUCCGCGUGCACGUCCAGGUCUACAUCCAGGUCCACGCCCGCGUCAAGAUCUACGUCUACCUCUACCUCUACGCCCACGUUUCCGGCCACAUCCACAUCCACAACCACGUCCAGGACCUCGCCGACUCCCCCGCCCAUAGUCCAAAAAGACUUGUCCCUCCAAAUCUGCCUCGACCUCCUCACCAGGGACCUCUCAUCGCACUUGAUGCCAGGGUUAAGACGCAGACAGAACCGACACGCGACUAAAGGGACAGAAAAUAAACUGUCGACGGAAACGGCGGCGUUGCAGGUGUGGGUGAUGAUUGAGGGGUAUGAGAAGUUGAAGGAGGAGCUGUUGAUGCGGGAGCGGCAGCGGCAGCAGCAGCUGGAGCAGGAAGGAGAAGAGAAAGAUGGGGAGGACUCGAAAAAGGAUAGGAAGACGGUCAAGACCAUGUUGGAGACGUGGUUGAGUGCUUUGUAUAGGAUUUAUGAUGAGUUGAGUGUCGAGGCUUUUGAGGGGAGGGGGGAGAAUGGUGAGGAGAAUGGUGAGGGGAGUGAUGAGGGGAGUGAGAGUAGUUUUUCGGGGGAUUAUGGGGAUAGGGGGUAUGGGUCGGAGUAG